GUAAGAUGGCGCGGGGUCAGAGGUGAAAGUUGACAGGCAGAAGUCACAUGACUGAAGAUGGCUUCAAUACAGUGGCACUCCAAGGAGCGGAACUACACUGAUGAAAUAGAAUCAUGCAGACUGGAGAGAGCUGCUGUGGAGUAUGGGGACUAUCAUCCUUUAAAACCCAUUACGGUUACAGAAUCGAAGACCAAGAAAGUGGGACGCAAAGAGAGCACUUCUUCGAAUUCUUCCUCGUGCUCCUCCAAUUCGGUUGUAGAUCCUCUUAGUAGCGUGCUGGAUGGGACAGACCCUCUCUCCAUGUUUGCAGCUACAGCUGAACCAGUCAUAUCAACUAUGGAGAGCAGCAGAAAGAAAAAUGACAACGAGGAGCUUGUAGGAAGUGAUUUUGAGCCCUGGUCUAGUAAACGUGGCGAGAUCCUAUCCAGAUAUACAACAACUGAGAAACUCUCCAUUAAUCUUUUUAUGGGAUCUGAUAGAGUCAAACCCACAACACCAGGAUCAGCAGUGUCUGAGAAAGUGAGGACUAGACUUGAAGAACUUGAUGACUUGGAAGAGGGAUCACAAAAAGAACUCUUGAAUCUGACUCAGCAAGAUUACAUUAGCCGAAUUGAGGAGCUGAACCAAUCUCUGAAGGAUGCCUGGGCCUCUGAUCAAAAAGUCAAAGCAUUGAAAAUAGUCAUACAGUGUUCAAAGCUCCUGUCAGACACAACAGUGAUCCAGUUUUACCCGAGCAAAUUUGUCUUGAUAACGGAUAUUCUUGACACAUUUGGGAGACUUGUAUAUGAACGAAUAUUGUCGAUGUGUUCAGAUAACCGCACCUCCUUACCAGCAAACUUCUCUCCAGACAGCGUGAAUGACACGGCUAAGGAAACCUGCUUAAAUUGGUUCUUCAAAAUUGCUUCAAUUAGGGAGCUUGUUCCUAGAUUCUAUGUGGAAGCGGCCAUACUGAAAUGCAACAAAUUUCUUUCUAAAACGGGAAUAUCUGAGAGUCUUCCUCGACUCACAUCCAUGAUCAAAGGGGUGGGCGAUCCUCUUGUAGCGGUUUAUGCCAGAGCGUAUCUGUGCAGGGUUGGCAUGGAAGUAGCUCCUAAUGCCAAAGAAAGUCUCAACCGCAACUUUUUCGACUUUUUGCUCACAUUUAAACAAAUCCACAGUGACACAGUACAGAACCAGCUGGCCGUGCAAGCAGUGGAAAUCCCAAUUUACCUCACCUUGUACUCCCCAGCUAUAGAUUGGAUAUUGCAAUGUAUUGCUUACCGUGCUCCAGAGGCCCUGCUGACCGAGAUGAUGGAACGGUGUAAAAAACUUGGAAAUAAUGCUUUGCUGUUGAAUUCUAUCAUGUCGGCCUUUAGAGCAGAGUUUAUUGCUGCAAGAUCGAUGGACUUUAUCGGCAUGAUUAAAGAAUGCGAUGAGUCUGGGUUCCCCAAGCAUCUACUGUUCCGUUCUCUGGGAUUAAACGUAGCUCUGGCUGAUCCGCCUGAGAAUGACAGACUCCAGAUUUUAAACGAAGCCUGGAAGGUGAUCACCAAGUUAAGAAACCCUCAGGAUUACAUUAAUUGUGCAGAAGUGUGGGUGGAGUAUACAUGCAGACAUUUCACAAAGCGGGAGGUGAAUACUAUACUGUCUGAUGUCAUCAAACAUAUGACUCCUGACCGAGCAUUUGAAAAUGCAUACCCACAGCUACAGUCAGUAAUCACUAAAGUCAUUUCUCACUUUCAUGAUUUCUCCAUCCUUUUCUCUGUGGAGAAAUUCCUUCCGUUUUUGGACAUGUUCCAGAAAGAGAGUGUUAGAGUUGAGGUUUGCAAGCGGAUAAUGGAAGCAUUUAUUAGGCACCAACAAGAAGUAACGAAGGACCCCGUUAUUCUCAAUGCUCUCCUUCACGUUUGUAAAACCAUGCACGACUCUGUAAAUGCACUGACUCUUGAGGAUGAAAAGAGAAUACUGUCUCAGCUCAUCAACGGAUUCAUUCGAAUGGUCUCGUUUGGGCGGGAUUUUGAACAGCAGCUUAGUUUUUACGUGGAGGCCCGAUCAAUGUUCUGUAAUUUGGAGCCUGUCCUGGUUCAAUUAAUUCAUAGUGUGAAUCUUCUGGCCAUGGAAACCAAGAAAGUUAUGAAAGGAAAUCAUUCAAGGAAGACCGCUUCCUUUGUUAGGGCUUGCGUUGCCUUCUGCUUUAUCACUAUUCCAUCACUGACCAGUAUCUUCACACGGCUGAAUCUGUACCUUCAUUCCGGCCAAGUGGCUCUAGCAAACCAGUGUCUUUCACAAGCCGACGCCUUCUUCAAAGCCGCUGUGAGCCUCGUCCCAGAUGUCCCAAAAACCAUUAAUAUCGAUGGAAAGAUGAAAUCUUCUGAAACUUAUCUUCUGGAAUUCCUUAGUAACUUCUUCUCUACAUUACUCAUCGUCCCUGAUCAUCCUGAGCAAGGAGUUCUUUUCCUGGUUCGGGGACUUUUAAAUGUGAUUGAAGAUUACACCUGGGAAGAUAACAGCGAUGAUAAAGUUCGUAUUUACACGAGCGUGUUGCAUCUGCUCGCUGGCCUUAGUCAGGAGAGCUAUCUUUAUCACGUAGACAAAGUUGAUUCUAAUGACAAUCUUUAUGGUGGAGAUUCGAAAUUCCUAACAGAAAUCAACAAACUGUGUGACACGUUAAUUGGACAGAUUCUAGAACAUCUCAAGGCGCUUGGGAAAGAGAAGACUCUCAAACGUCAGAGCUUUUUAGCACUGCAGUUUUUUAACAGUAUCCUUGCUCACGGAGAUCUUCGAAACAACAAACUGAAUCAGCUGGCUGUUAACCUUUGGAAUCUUGCUCAAAAACAUGGCUAUGCCGACACCAAAACUAUGGUGAAAACCUUGGAGUACAUCAAGAAAAGAAGUAAGCAGCCUGAUUCAAAUCAUCUGAAUGACCUGGCAACCCGGCUCCCACUACAGUCCAGAACCUAGAGAUCUGUGCCUAGCAUUGUCCAUCUCCGAGUCUCUUGUCUAUACAUAGCUAAAUACAUUGCUUAGCAAUUGCGCAGCCAUGUUGAUUGGUCACACAUAUUCGAUCCAAUUCCUGGAGAGCUGGCCUGUAAUUGGCCUUCAAGAACAGUUAUGAUGUAUUUAUAUGUCACGUUUCAUUUAAGGGCUCUACGUGAGCCUCAUGUUACAUCAGUGCCUUCUUUAAGAUACAUUAGGAAGGCGUCCACAUUGUAAAUUAUACUGCCCAGUAGUCUGAUGGAGAACCCAACUCCUUGGAAUGUUUCUCACUUGUCUAAAUUCCGUGUUUACAAUGACUGAUAGAACCAACCAGAUUUGGUGCAUCAGCGACUAAAAUAAUGAGUAAUGCUGUGAUUAAACACUUAUUUACACCAUUUAUUCUACUCAAGUCCAAUCUGAAAGGAAUAGACUUCAUUACAGUAUUGAUUAUCAUCAAUGCUAAUUUGAGACAAAAAACAAAACCGUGUUAAACAAUAUAGAAAAGGGUACAAUAAGUACACUGCAUUGUGGAACAUGAUAAAAUGGCCUUGUAGCACUUUCAUUCCUUUCUAAAUUAGUGUAACUACAUAAUGUAUAACUGUACAACUGAUUUUUACAUGUUAAUAAAAGAACAUAUAUGGA